GUGGGGGGGGUAGACAUUUUUCUCAAUGGCUUCCUACUGACUCAGAUGUGAAAUGAUUUAUAAUGUUUUAUCAGCACUUUAGCACAUGUUUGUCUGGGUUUUCUUUUUUUUUUUUUUAUGCAUUUGAUGUGAGGAGCUCCAGAGGAUGGAGAGGAUGUCGGACACUGAAGCUGCUCGCAGUCCGGACCAGCUGAACAGGUUCCAGAGGCUGACACACAGGCCGCCGCACGGUCAUCGUACGCCUCCUGCCCGCAGUGGGCAUCGCUGUGUUGCUGACAACACUAAUCUGUAUGUGUUUGGAGGGUACAACCCUGACUACGAUGAGUCAGGAGGCUCGGAGAAUGAAGACUAUCCGCUGUUCAGGGAGCUCUGGAGGUACCACUUUGCCACCGGCUGCUGGCAGCAGAUUCAAACCGAGGGCUAUAUGCCCACAGAGCUGGCGUCUAUGUCAGCUGUUUUGCACGGCAACAACCUCCUGGUGUUCGGCGGCACCGGGAUCCCCUUUGGUGAAAAUAAUGGCAAUGACGUACAUGUUUGUAACGUGAAGUACAAGCGGUGGUCGCUGCUCAACUGUCGGGGGAAGAAGCCCAACAGAAUCUACGGACAAGCAAUGGUCAUUAUAAAUGGCUUCCUGUACGUGUUUGGAGGGACGACGGGCUACAUCUACAGCACAGACCUGCACAGGCUGGACCUGACCACCAGGGAGUGGAUUCACCUCAAGCCCAACAACCCUCCAGACGACCUGCCUGAAGAACGGUACAGGCAUGAAAUAGCACAUGACGGACAGAGGAUCUACAUUCUGGGAGGAGGAACGUCCUGGACAUCUUACCCUCUGGACAAGAUACAUGCGUACAAUCUGGAGACCAAUUCCUGGGAGGAGAUUACAACUAAGCCUCAUGACAAAAUAGGGUAUCCUGCUCCUAGGAGAUGCCAUAGCUGUGUACAAAUACGAAAUGAUGUAUUUAUCUGUGGAGGCUACAACGGGGAAUUGAUAUUAGCUGAUCUGUGGAAGAUCAACCUGCAGACUUUCCAGUGGAGUAAACUACCAGCACUGAUGCCUGAGCCGGCCUACUUCCACUGUGCUGCUGUCACGCCUGCUGGCUGUAUGUACAUCCAUGGCGGAGUGGUGAACAUCCAUGAGAACAAGAGAACUGGCUCUCUGUUUAAGAUCUGGCUGGCUGGGCCCAGCCUGCUGGAGCUAUGCUGGGAGAAGCUCCUCAAAGCCUUUCCCCACCUGACUUCCCUCCCCACCAUGCAGCUGCUCAACCUGGGCCUCACACAGGAACUAAUUGAACGCUUGAAAUAAGCCGCACAGUGGGGGGGACGGACAUAUGAAUGGAUGGGACAGGCCGGGCUGGACUGGGAGGAGUUGAGGUCUGACAGAGCACAGAAUUCAUAGCAAUUCUCAUAGCAAAAUUCUACGGAAAAAAUGGCCCUCUCCCUCCUUUGCCUAACGUAGCCCCGCCUUAAAACCAAAAACAAUGGGAUGCCUUUUUUUUUGUUUCUUUUUUUUUUUUGCUGUUUCAGUGAAGAUAAAUUAAUUAAAUGUGGAAUGUUUUAUGGAUUUUACUCAUCACCCCCGCCCCCUUACAUGAUGCCUUUGUGUCAAUCUAAACAUGAAUUCACGCUUCUUAUCCUCCAAACUGUGAUGGCUGGAAAUACUUUAUUUUGCCAUGUCAUAUUUUCAACAACUGUCUCUCCCAUGUGUUAAAAAAAAAAAAAAGAUCUGCCUUCUCUAGUACUUUUAAGAAUUCUGUGCAAAGGAAGAAUGCAUGUGUAUUUAUUUGAAGGACUACAUUUUUUCCCCCAGUUUUUCUCAUCAUCUGAUAUUGCUGUUUGCACACUUUGUCUCGCAUAUUUGUGGACAUUUACUUUUAAAAGAAAUAGAUCUUAUAAUCAGUCUAUCUUAAGUCUAAAAUGUUGCAGACAGUAGUUGCUAAAGAAUCAUACCAGUGUUUUUGCAAAUAAUAGCCAAUUUAAUCCAAAUCUCAUUUACAACUUUUGUUACUUCCGACAUGCCGUUUUAUUAAUUUUUUUAAUGAAUUUGCAACCUUCAUGGCAGUCUUUUUUCUUUCCCUUAUCUCCCUAUGGUAUGAAAAUCAACUUCCAGUAGCUUGAGACUCUCUUAACAUAAUCAAUCACACUGAUUUUCUUUGUGUUUUUAUCCUUGAAGUUAUAUUGCAUAAGUUUGACAUAAAUGAAAGCCAACAUGAUAAUUCACUUUGAAGGAUUACCAAUCUUUAAUGUCUCUUAGAAGUUGUUUUCAUACUAUAUUAAUGGAAACCAGUGUCUGCCUUGAGGGAAGGAAAAACAUUUUUAAGUUUCAGUUCAAGUAUGAUAUGCCUCGAAAAUGGUCACCAGUAAUAUAUGCUGUUUAUGGUAAAUUAGCUAAAACACGCAGAAACACUGUAUGCUCUUAAUUAGUGAAGGAAAGGUUCAAUGCUGGAUCUGCUUUUGUCUGGGCCUUUGUAUUUCCUGUAUUUUUCAUUAUUCAUUAAUUUACAGUCUAAUCUGCAAAACAGUCUGCAGAAAUGUUUAAGGGUAGGUAUCUUCAAAAUUGUUUAAUUACCGUUUGCUUUCAGAUCUCAUUUGUAAACCGAACCAUGCAACACAUCACUGUGAAUCUGGUGCUCUUUAAAAUUAAUUCUAAAUGCUUUUAUUCAAAUAAAGACUUCGUUCUGUUAAGACAUUUACUCCCUCUCUGUUGAUGACAUGACAUGUUUUGCACAGGGAGUUGUUUUUAGUAGCAGGCUUAUACCAGCAUUUGUUUUUACUGCAGUGCCUUUUUCAAACUUUUAAUGAGGCUGACAUUUCAGUAAUAAUAGGCAGUAUAAGACCUUUGCAUAUUAGGACAAAUGGUUUAUGUUGUAAAUUGUGUUUUUAAAAGGAAGUGGACAUUUUAGCCAUUUUGACCAAGACAUUACAUAUAUUCACUAAACAUCUUGGUGCCAAGAAUGCAGAGACUUUGUAUUCUCUUUCUGUUAAAGGCCAGACAGUAGACUUAAGGACAGGAUACAGCAUAUUGGGCCUUUUGGGUAUUAAUCCUAAACGCACUUGUUAAACAUAUACAGUUCAUAUGUGGAAUAAAUUAAUUUAACAGAUGCCAAAUAAAUGAAACUUGGACAAAGUUAUUCUAACGAUGAAUGAAAGGUGAGGUGAGGCUUAGGAAGGGAUGUUGCCAUAUGGUUUGAUCUUCCUGCACUUCUUUAAUUUUCCCCUUUAUUUCUGUUCUACAUAGCAAACUACUUUAUGCAUGAUGUAAUUUCCUGCUUUUAAAAUUAACACCGAACCUUUACUGAGGGACAUAGUUUUGAAGAUGAGCACUAAAAUGUUGUACAGUAGGCUUGUGUGAAUGUUGUGUUGGAGUACUGUC